AUGUCGAAUAAAUCUGCCAGCCCUCCAAAACCCGCCGCCGCCGCCGCCGCCCAGGCUGCCGGGGUCUCCAAGACUCGCAAGGGAAAGUCCAAGGAUCCCAUCCCUGCUACUACUUCACGGCCGGCGUCGUCGGGCGCAGCACCAAAGUCCCCACCAGCGCCGAGUUCGCCCGACUCGAGCGGGAGCGCGAGCGAUGGCGUGCCGACGAAGAGACAGACGAGGAGCAAAGCCAAAGCCAAGGCUAAGAAGAACGACUUCGCAGCCGGCGGCGCACCGCCUAUUCUCUCGCCAAAGUACAAGACGAAGCGGGCAUUGAAGCAGGCUAUCAAGGAUGCGCUGGGCCCUGCUUAUAUAAGUCCUACUACUUCCCCAGUGAAUAAGGCUUCUUCGGUACCAGCGCCGACGAAGAAGGACAAAGACGACGAGGAGAAGGAUGACGGGGAGGACGAGGCGGCCGGUAACCCGAACAAAGACACGAGCAAAGGUAAGAAGAAAGCGAGCUUGAAGAAGGACGCCGACAAGAAGAAGAAGACGACCACUCCCGCCGCGACAAAGAGGAAAACUGCCGCGCGCAAGGACAAGGCAGAUCCGAAGAAGACGAGUCCCGUCAAACCGGACAAGAAGACAAAUAAGACGGCAGCAACGGCAGCGAAGAAACCCAAGAUCAUCCUCAAGGUGAAUAGUAAUGCGGCUUCUGACGAUGUAGACGACGUUGCUGCUGCUCCGAAGAAGGGUACGCGCAAGGCGGCGGCGGCGACGACCAAGACGACAGCCGGAAAGAAGAAGCCCGCGGCAGCGGCGAAGGACAAGGCCGCGACCACGAAAACCGCCACAGCCACACCCCCAGCCCCAAAGCCGGAACCCAAGAAGAAAGCGGCGGUUAAGGCUAAGCCCAAGGCUGCCACCAAGGUUACCAAGGCUGCUUCCAAGGACACCAAGAAGGACACCAAGAAGGGCACCAAGAAGGACACCAAGAAGGACACCAAGGAGGACACCAAGUCCAAGACUGCCACCACCAGCGCAAAAGUCACCAAGAAGGCCCCCGCCGCGAAGAAACCCGCCGCAGCAAAGGCAAAGAAUGGCGCUGGACAGUCCAAGGCUCAGGCUCCUGAUACGAAGCGUGUCACCAGAGCUAAUGCCAAGUCUCAAGCAAACUCCCCUUGA